CGCACCGUUGGCCGAUCAUCAUCACCGUCGCGCAUCAUGUUUGGAACGAAACUGCGCACAUGGAUGGAAGCACAUAUCGUGCGAUCGAAAAAGAAAAAGGACCGAAAGGGCAAGGGGGAAAAGGGUUUCGACUCCAAUUCCAAUUCUCCUCGAAACGGGUCUCACAGGUCUCCCGCGUUGCACCAAGUUCAUCCGGUAGAUUCGCCGUCGAGGAACGUGGACGAAAUUCGAUUGCACGGAGAGGAUGGUAAUCGGUGCGGUACCGUGACCGCGUCCUCUGGUACGUCCGCGGGCACCGGUAGCGUCAACCUCUCUUCUCCGGAAAGCGCCUACAGUACCGGAUACUCGACGGACGGUACCUCACCCGGGACCAGUUAUCCGCCGGAAUAUUACAUCAACAUCAGGACCGGAACCCAUUACUUUCAGAGUAACGCGAACGUCAAUGCCGGCACAGCCACAGGCAACUACAGUAACAACAACAACAACAGUAGCAGCAAGAACAAUAACAAUAAUAACAACGGCAGACCGAAGAAACCGAGCGAUUCGUCGGAUUUGCCGGUCGCCUCCGCUUCUUUGCUCUCAGGACGCAGCAGACAUGGA